CAGCAGUGCGCCAUUACAACACUCACAGAACACUCACAGCUCACAUCAUUUGCACCGGCUGUACUAGCUUGAUCAUCACAGCAAUGGCCUCCACCAACAGCUGGACCCACGAGAUCAAGUCGCCGGUCGCUGCACCGCGCCUCUUCCAUGCCGGCGUCAUGGACUGGCACACCCUGGCCCCCAAGCUCGUGCCGCAGAUCGUUGCCAGCGCCCACCCCGUUGAGGGAGAAGGCGGCAUCGGCAGUGUCAGGCAGUUCAACUUCACCUCAGCCAUGCCCUUCAACCUCAUGAAGGAGAGGCUCGAGUUCAUUGAUGCGGACAAGUGUGAGUGCAAAUCGACCCUCAUCGAGGGUGGUGGCAUCGGCACGGCGAUCGAGACGGCCACGUCGCACAUCAAGGUGGAGCCGGCAGCCAAUGGCGGGAGCGUGGUGAAGGUGGAAUCAACAUACAAGCUGCUACCAGGCGUAGAGGUGAAUGAUGAGAUUACCAAGGCCAAGGAUUCUGUCACGGCCAUCUUCAAGGCCGCCGAGGCCUACCUCAUCGCCAACCCAGACGCCUACAACUAAAUCAGUUGAGAGAGAUCAUAUAUGAUUAUGUUCCUGGUUUUAUUUUUGUGUGCUUUCUUCCUGAACUAAUAAAGCUGCUCCAAUCUCCAAGUAGUGACGGGAGAGCACUGAGCUGAGUGUGGACCUGAGAAGUUUAAAAGUUGUGUAUUUGUAACUAUCAAAGGGUGCUGUUGUUUGAUGAUUUUGCUGUUUGCUUAUGUAUAUUCCUCAUGAUUUCGUAUGGGAAUAAAAGGAAGUAUGUGAAACACAUAAAAGGUAGUGGAAGU